CGAGGGAUGAGAAGAAAGAAAGAAAAAAAAGCACAGAAAGCGGUUGGAUUAAAACGUUUGAGGUAAAAUUUUCAUUCGCAACAGAAAAAGGAAAACCCCGUGUGGCGUCGAACAAUUGGUGCAGAGGGUUUUAAAACGGCUUGAAAAGGAAAGAUUUAAAGCCUCGCUUGCAAGUGAUUUUGCGCUACGUUUGUGCCACGCGUCCCGAAAACGAACGUUAAAUUAAACUUUGCCACUGUUUGGUGUGCUCGAAGUGUAUAAAUAAAACACAUUGCUGCACGCCUACUGCUCGUUGCUGUGUGGUUGCCUGCUCCUGCACAACAGCAAACAAUGUUUGGCAACGAACGGCUGAACGGCACCAGCCCUACCACCAAGAAGGAAAGCUCCACCGACCACCACCAGCAGCAGCAGCAGCAGCACGAGGACAUGGGCUGCUCCUCUGCCGGAUCCACCGGGACGACCCUGCCGACCGAUGCGAGACCUUCGUUCGCGUCCGUCUUUACGAUCGAAAGCAUCCUCGGGCUCAAUCAGGACUCGAUCGCACACAAGGCGGGAGCUGGCCCACUGCACGACAAGCUGCUGUCGCCGGUGCCGCAGCGGCUGGACGGCGGUGCGGCGUACGAGCUGGAGCAGCACACCAAGCAGAGCCUGUCCAACUAUUUCCGCUGUGCCGGGGCCGGUACGCUGCACCUUCCCGCCAGCCACCAGUCCGACGCGAACAUGCUGCCCACGAACAUACUUGGCAUAGCAUACCCCUCGUCCUGCCACAACUAUCUGCAGCCGGACCUGUUCGCCGCCCAUCUGCACCAGCAGGUGGGCCUGGUCGCCUGCAACGGUAACUUCCGGCCCCGGUACCCAUUUCUGAAUGCGGACUCGCACAUCAAGCGGAAGCGGCGCCACCGGACCAUCUUCACCGAGGAGCAGCUGGAGCAGCUGGAGGCCACCUUCGACAAGACGCACUACCCGGACGUGCUGCUGCGGGAGAAGCUGGCAAUCAAGGUGGACCUGAAGGAGGAGCGCGUCGAGGUUUGGUUCAAGAAUCGGCGCGCCAAAUGGCGCAAGCAGAAGCGGGAGGAGCAGGAACAGUUCUCCAACUACGAAAUCAAUAGCAAAAUUCGAAAGCUCAUCAACAUCCCGGUGUCGGCGCAGGAGAAGCUGCGCCAGCUGCAGACCGGCAUCUUUGCCAAGGACAAACAGCAGCAGCAGCAGCAGCUGGUGCUGCCGAAGUGUGACGAGCUGCUGAGCAACAGCAACAGCAACAGCGACGCGUCGGACGUGGAGGUGGUAUGAUAAAGUGGGACAGCGGCGGAGGGCACAAACAACCAAAACACUAACCAAAAAAACUGGUAAGACGAUCGAGAGAGACAGAUGAAGGAGAAGACAGAAAGAGAGAGAAAGAGAGAGACAGGGAGGUCCUGGAAGGAACGGUGCUUUUCAUUGUGGGGCAAGGGUGGCAAAAAACGGGGAAUAUUAAAUUUUAAGACUAGAUACGGUAGAGUAACAAUUUAAAUUAAAUGCAAAACCACACCUGUGGUGCACGAGACGACAACACGGCAAAGCAAUUUGAAGCUUGUGAAAGCUCCGGGAUUUAAUCGUACCGCAAAUCACAGCAAAGCCCCCCCUGUACAUGGACGCAUCGGUGUUUGAUGUUGUUUUUUUGCUUGUUUCUAUUCAAUUCAGAUGGUAAUAGUCAGUCCGUCUGAAGCAAGAGAGAGCAAGAGAGAGUGAGAGAACGAUUGGACAGUGCAGUAGCAAUGACAGCAAGUGUCAGUUUUUUCUAAUCUUAGUACUUAAGCACACAUUGAAGUAGUCGUAGCAGGCAAUAAGUAAUACAUUUCCCCGUCUCUAGUGUAGAUUUGUUGCUCCCGUAGAGCUGUUGUAGAUUGUAAAUGGAAAUCAAAGCAUUUUACUCACAUUUGCAAAGGGAGUGAAUCAUCUCAGAGCUACCUACCUAGCACCGAGUACUACUCAACCUCAACCCAUGCGAAGCUAAAUCAAAAUCUCCCCCCUCACAAAUCCAGGCAGGCAUAAAUUCUACUUCCCGUGCAGCCCGUAAACUUCAAAAACGAGCGGGGAAAACAGUAGCAAACACACACGUGCCCGAUACAGGAAGUCCAUUUCGGGCACGUUUUGUGGCCGCGCUUAACCGAAACACUACAACGCACCACCAUCAUAAACCAAUCGCAAUUAGCUAAUGGGGCCUGCGCCGGUAACGCCAUCUUUCUUUCAGCGUGCCACGGAUUGGGAAAAGAUUAAAUUACGGGCGUCAAUGUUUAGUUUAGGAGCUGCAUAAUUCACGCACACUCACAUACACACGCACACAUGCAUACUACCGCGAGAGACUGCGAGCAAUGGGGGGAAUGCGGGCAAUGCUUCUAUCGUGCAAUAAUUAAUACUUACCUAAUAGAUAUCGCGACAGUGUGUUUGUGUGUGCAAGUGCGUGUGUGUAGAGGAGCUAGUGUAUAAAAUUAUAAAAUUAUCAACACAAA